UAUCUUUGAUGUUAUAUUUGCAUCUAAAUGUCAUUUAAAGGGCCAAGAAAAAUUAGUUCUUCUAAUUUGACAGUUGAGAUGGUAUCUUCAAUGUCAUCUUUGAUGAGAUGAGGUUUGCUGUCCUCAUUGUUGCGAUAGUAAAUGAAAACAUAGGAACAGUUGUUUUCGCUGACAGGGCGUAGUGUAGUGAUGAUUGUUCAUCAGCUUUGUGAGAUUAGUUGCUAACUUGCGUAAUAUACGGUGUUAUUGUACCUGUUUCGUCUUAUCAGUGUCGUAGAAAUGGUGCAGUUUUUUAUAGCAAUGAAGUUACUGCAUUGUUUCCAUUUUCAACGGACAAGAUGUUUAAUAUUAGACAGACAGUUUGAAGUCUUUUAUUAAUCUGCAAAGAGAAGAAAUUAUCCAAAUGCUGUAUAUUGUUAUGGCCGACUGGAAAUGUGUGCGACAGGAGCGUGCCGAACAUUUUUUCUGUAAAUGUAUCGCCUGCAAAAGGUGGAAACAUCACUGUAGAUAGCCACAGAAAUAUGAGCUGGCUUCGCAGUAGCCCUCUGCGGGCUAGCUUUAGCAAGCGGAGACAGUCCAAUUCUCCUCCUAAGGACUGUGAUCCUGUUGCAUGCUAUGAUACUUUCUGUAAGCAUUGGCAGCAGGUUGCUGAUAUCAUUGAACGUACACAGCCACCAUCUUCAUGCCCAUCUCAGGAUGAUGUGGUCAGUGUUGUCAAUCAUUUGGCCCAGAUGGCAACAUUAUUAAUGCUUGAGAUGCAAUCCCCAUCUCCUCCAGUUUCCAGUUGUGCAGACCGCAUAUCAUCUCUCUCUUGCCUGGAAUACCUACUGUCACAGAAUUUAUUGAAUAAACUUUACACCUGGAGCUUAAGUGCUGGGAGGUAUGGUUCAACCCUCCGUCUGGAGCAGCUGAAACUAUACGAGUUGCUGGCUGGCUGCUCUGGGGAACGAACUCACGGGCGAAGUUUGCUGGCUAAUGAAGCAUUUUUGCGACCAUUGCUAGAAUUACUGACAGCAUGUGCUGGUGAAUGCUUUCCUGGUGAAGUUGAGAAUCGUAUUGUUGUUCUGCUUAACCAGCUGUGUGUGUCUCUUGUUCACGACACUGAUCUCAUGCAAAAGUUCUUCUCUUCUAGUCCAGAAUCUGAGGGAUCCAGGUUUGUUGUCUUUGCCCUGCUGAUACCAUUUGUGCACCGUGAAGGAGGUCUUGGCCAGCAAGCUCGUGAUGCCCUGUUGCUGUGCAUGGCAUUGUCAGCAACUGAUGAUAAUGUUGCCUCAUACAUCUCGACUCGUUCAAAUGUGUGUCCGGUGCUGGCAACAGGUCUCAGUGGCUUGUACUCACGCCUGCCACGUAAAUUGCUGGUUGCGACUGAUGACUGGCAUCGUCUAACGCCUGACGAUGUUGAUGCCUUGUCAGAGCUGUCGGCAUUCCUCAAUUCAGUUGAAUUCUGUAAUGCUGUUGUACAAGUUGCUCACCCAUCAGUAGGAGCACAGCUCCUUGAAUUCUUACAGCAAGGUUUCCUUGUACCUGUACUAGGUCCUGCAUUAUUACAGGUAAGGAGCUCUCCUGAAGAGUUGGUUGCCGCAACAGCCUAUUUGGACUUGUGCCUGCGUAGUGCCACAGAACCUGGUUUACUGAGAGCUCUGAUCCACUUUUUGCUGAAACAUGAAUAUGAUGGAUCCCGUCUCCUUGAUAGUCUUGUGGCAAGAAUUGCAUCACCUUCUCCUCGGUUGUGCCUUGUGACUGUUGCACUCUUCGAGACAUUGGCUGAUUUUGACUGUGAAGACAUCAUGCUAGAGCUCGUGUUGCGUCAUUUGGUUCCAUGCCACCAUGUGAUGGUAUCUCAAAGGGUCCGAAUACGUGAUCUUGCUCCAUACUGCCAGAGUGCUGUUCGUUUCCUUUCACUUUCACCAGCAGCUCUGCGAGGAGGUAUAGGAGUCAGUGCCAGGAAUGAUGGACCUCCUUCGUUGCCAGUUCCCCAGAGGCCAAGACACCGACCUCGUCUUAGUCUUGGUGGUCAGGAGCGUGAUGGUCCUCGUUCCCUACCACCUACUACACCACCUAGUUUGUAUGGUGAUUAUGGAGCAUAUCUCCGUGAUGCUAGACGCAGGGUAUUAGCAUGUAGGGCAGCUUGCAGAACCUGGUCUCAUGCUUAUGAUGGGGAGGACCCACCACGGGACAGAGUGGGACCUACUGAUGGACAAGUGGAUUGUGAAGCUUCAUUACCUGUAGAUUUAAAUGGGAAGGUAGACUAUGAUUCCAGUGCAAAGUCUGAAGUUGACAGGUUGCAUGAUGAGAGAGACGUUAAAAAUGCAGAUAUAAAUUCUGUAGCAGAGUGCACAUUGCAGACGGAUGACAAGGGUUUAUCACAAGUUGAAUACACUCCAGAAACAUCCAACAGCAUAGGAGCUUCCUCUAGUGAUAAACAUAGAGCGAUACAGAUUGAACCAAAGGCUGAACUUCCUCACUCUCUCAGUGCAGAACUUUCUUCUCAGUCACCAUCAGCAGAAAACAUGAAGCUGAAUGGUACAUUGGAAGCAGUCAGGAAGUCUGUCUCGGAACCAAGAAUUCUAUCAAGGGCAUUGUCGGUGACUACUGGACCACCAGAUAUUGGUCCAUUCCUUGACACUUUACUACGAAAACUGGAAACACUGCCAUCAAAUGGCCUGUAUGUGAACCUGCAUUUGACAGGCCUGGUUUCUCGCCUUGCUGUCUAUCCACAGCCAUUGCUGCAUUCAUUCUUAUUGAAUCAUUCACUCGUUUUUCAACCCAGCGUUCGGUCGCUGUUUCAGGUUCUGGGGUCAUUGAAGCAUCGGCUGGAUGCAACCCUGUCUCGAGCUCCGGGCCGUGCAGAGCAGUUGGUAACUGAUGCAAGAGAUUUCUUACUGGCUCGUGAAGAACGCCUUGCCAAUGCCCGACGUGCUGUUGUGGCUACAGCUGGCUCAUCACCUGAUCCAUCAGGCAAUAAUUUUAUCAGGGGAGAGAGCAAAAGGCGAAGCUUCACAUCUACAUUAUCAUCAGUAUUCCGUCGAGCUGGUGUUUCAGUCCCUGUACAUAGCCUAAGUAACCAGAUCUCAGAGACACCAGAUGGGCGCCCUAUGAAUAAUAGCAGCCAGCGUUCAAGCCCUCGUAACAGUUGGCUGGAAACUGGAGAAGUACGCUCAGCAGCCAUGUGUGCAGUGUUGUUAGAUGAAUGGCUGAAAGAAUUGGCAGCAAUAACGCAGGAACAGGCUUUGGCAGGCCUCGCACCAGAUGUUAUUGAUACGCCAUUGGAUGGCGCUGUUUGGUGAGAAUGCAAUCAGACGUUAACAGAGAAGGAAGCUUGCCAUGUGAAACAAAAUAUGUAAGGUGCUGAUUAUUUGCUGUAUUUUAAAAUGUUUAUGAAUGUUAAGUACCUUCUGGCAGAAUAUUUAUUUCUACAAGUGAUAAAGUUGAUAUUAAAGAUGACAAAGUAAUAGCACAGGUUAUUCUAAUUUAAAACUGAUUAACUGCUCAUAAAAAUGUAUAUUAUAUUAUGUGAUAUGCUAUAAUAAUUUUAAAAUAAACAACUCAUCCUUUGUAAAAUAUCGUUACAUCUUGUGUUUUAAUGAGUUUUAAGUGUGAUUCUAGAAAAUGACCUAUCUGUAUGUCUUGCCAUUACAGAUGUUGCCCUGUAAAUAACGGUGGUGAAUUAAUGUUUUGCAAGAUUCGAGUAAAUUUUGAAUGUGUGUGUUUUAAUCGGGCUACAGCAGACUGACAGAAAUAUGUAAAAAUUAAAAGGCUUGUUAGUUUUCAAAGUGUUGAAUACCUUAUUGCUGUGAAAUGUGGAGGGAAGGAUUUUAAGAACUGGGACUUUGUAUGGAAUAUGCACAAACAUGAUCUAGUAUAAAACUGCUUUCUUUCUGUCAGUGUGCUGGGAGCUGUUACCAUCAAAUGGGCUGAAGUUGAUGGGUUUUGGUUUUAAAUUUAAAAUAUUUCAGAAACUAAUAAAAUUAAUAUAAUAGGUUGUCUUUCAGAGUUUGGGUAUUGAGCUCUAGUAAUAAAAGUUUUGGUCUUUACUCCUUUUUGCUCUAACAGAUCGUAAAAUUAAAAAAACCUGAUUAUCUGUUAUGCAAUAAUUGUGGGUUGUUUAUGACUCUAGGCUGGCUUUGAUUGCUCUGAAACUGUAUCAGUAAUUGAAAAAUAAAUUUGCCAUAAUAAUUAAAGUUAAUACUAACUCCAGAGUAAUGUACAAAGAAAGUUUAAGGACAAAAAAGGGGCCACAAAUUUGCUUUAUGAAAUUUCGGAGAAACACACACUCUUCUUCUUUAGCACUAAAAGCUGUCUGACCAGCGUGUGUUUUAUGAUGAUGACUGUGAAUUGUGUUUAUGGGUUCCUAUGGGAAUUUUAUAGCCUUGGACAACCUUGUUAAUGCUUAUUUUUCCAUUUAAAAUUUCAGUGGAACACAGUUCUAAAACAUCCAGACUGUAUUUCUUCAGUUCACCCUAUUCAUUAUUAUACACAUGCAGUAUUUUCACACUGAUAAGUCUUACAAUCUUAACAGUAUGAGGCAACAAACAGUAUUAGGCACAAACAGAACUGCAAUCUGUAUAACAAAUUCAUAAGUUAACAUACAGAUAUUUGCAAGAAUGACUUCCUCACUCCACCACUAGACUGUUAAAAGACAUUUGUUGGUGCAUCCACUGUGUCACAUUGUUGCUGUGUUCAUUAUGAUACAUUCUUGAUGCAUUCACGAAUGUUUGUUCUUAAAAGAACUGCUUGAGAAAAGACAGUCAAGUCCAUCCUGAUUUCACCAAGAAUUUGCAAAGUUUUAUUAUGUGUAUAAAUAGGUAACAAAAAUAGAUUACCUUUUGUUAUUGCUCUCAUUGUCAUUGUGAAGGACCAAUGCAUGGUAUACAGAAGAUCUAGGCACACAAGUCGUUUUAUGCCAGUAACACAAAUAAAAGUUUCAGCUCAGUAAAAAAGUUAAAAAAGUCAGUGCUUCUGAAAAGAUUAGUAUUCAGAUAGAAAUUUGCAAUACUGUACAUCUAGCCAUUGACAUGAACAGUAAAUAUAAUAACUAAAGUACAAGAAUUUUAGUCACCAAUGUGGAGUUAAUUUAAUAUAAAAUGUUUUUUGAGCUUCUACGGCCAACUUCAGCCCAGUCGUCAACUUCACUCCAUUUGGUGGUAUAUACAUAUUUUAGCCACCUUUAUUGGUUAUAGUUUACUUCUGGACAGUUCUCUUGUUUGUCUAUGCCUUUUCUGUUUACUUAGAUUUAGUACAUUGUUUAUGUAUUUAAUGAAGUAAACAUUUAACUUGAAAGUGUUGGUAAUCUGUGUUGUGAUACUUCAUUGCCAUUAUUCAUUGUUUCUCUAUGUGAAAAUGGAUUCCUCACCUAUAUUUAGUGGAAAAUUUGUUGCUCUAACAUCAUUAACUGUUGCCUUCAGUAGUGCAGAUUGUAUAUUCUUUGGAAAGUUAUUUUUAAAAUGUUAAGUGCAUCUAUCUUUGAAAUUAAUGGCAGGAUAUUUUAGAGUUGUUAUGUAUUAUAUCAGAGGCAGAAUUGUCUUAGAAUCAUGGAAUAGUAUCAAAAUGUGUUGUGAUGCAUAAACAAAAUAUUAAUUUUAGGACAGACUACAGUAUAUAAUAGUGAUGGCGAAGUUACCUUGAAAUAUCUGAAUUACAGUUUGACAUCUUUGGAACACAGAAUGACAUCUUAUUGAAGACAAAUUUUAGACUGACAGAGGAAAACAAGAUUUUUCGGUUACUGUGGGUAUUUUCUAGAAAGAUUAAAAUGUUUAUGUACUAAAAACACCAAUGAGAAUGAGUGGCAGAAAUUUGUAAUAAUACUGAUGUUUUAGUACUAUCUUGUAUGGAAAUGUAACUUUUUCCAUUUCAUUAAAAAGUAAUGCUUUGAUGUCCAUCCUGUAAUUCAUUCCUGUUAAAUAAUGUUUUCUUGUUUAUUUAUUAUUUUUUUAAGAGAAAACAAAGUAGGUGUACAUGUUUUAGGAAUUAAAUAUUGUGUACUCAGUACAGUAGUGUGACAUAGUUUUAAUAUUAUGAAUAAUAUUAAAACUGUCACACACUACGCCAUGUGGCUAUGAUAGUAUUUGUGGAUCAUUUGUAUUGGAGAUAGUUCAAGUGCUGAUAAGUUGGGCCACCAGUUUAUAUGUUUUUAUGAAAGCAAUGCAUUAGUGGUGAAAAUGUGUAAUUUCUAUAUUGUACCUCUUACACUUAGAAUUUGAAUAUGAGGUGCCAAAUUUUCUGUCCAUGCUACAACCAUGCUGAUGAUAAAGUGCUGAGCUUUGAAAGCUUUUGUAAUUACAUAUGAAGAUGUGAAACUUCCAGAAAUAUUAAAGAACAUAUUUUGUGAAGAAUUUUAUUAUUGGAAGCAGGAUUUUAGUGUAUUGUAUUAUUGUAUUUUAUCUUGCUAUCCGAUCUGUUUUAUUUCCAUAAGUCGUAUACAGGCUCAUUGAACAUGGGGUAAUCAGAUUACUGUGAGCGAACUCAGUGUACUGCAAGGAAUAUAAUGAAGUGCAGAAUAGGGAUCACAUAAGUUCGGUUGUUAGACAUGUGCAGCUCAAGCAUGUACCCUUUUCCCCAUUUUUAAAGGAGUCUGCUGGUGGUCGUUUAUUUCCCGGUGGGAGGUGGAUUAGAAUAUUGGUGAUUAUUUAAAUUUAUUAGGGUAACCCAUACCCGUGGAAAUUGGACUGAAAAAUAUCUAGUUCAUGUGGUGAUCAUGGUAGUGAUAUUACCAGAUUCCUCUAGAGAUUAUGUUAUCAUGUGUUUCAUUGUUUUCAGAGCCUUAUUAUAGUAUUUUUGUUUUACUGCAUUGAUGCACACGUAAGGAUAAUACAAUAAUAUUCCUGAUUGGUGAUAAGUCCGUAUUCAGUAAUUUCAAUAACUGAGGGUUCUCAAAAUUGUAAAUAAGAAUUCAACCAUGUUAUCUUGUGAAAAUAAUUUAUUUCACUAUCCUUGGACUAACAGAACCCCUGUGUUUCCAUGGUAAACUUCGAUACCAUCUAAGAGAUUUGUAACAAAAAUACACAGUUGUAUUUCUUUGUGUCAGCAAAAUACAGAAACUGUUGGGUUUCCUUGUGACAGAGCGGCAGUUGCUUUAGUGUGAUGUCUAAUCGUCUGUGUGAAACUACACAUUGCAGUAGACAGUUUACUUCCACUUUCGAUGGUUGACGCUGUAAGACUGUGUUUAUUUUGCAGUGAAGUUAAUUUUAACAUUUCUGUAAUAGAUCUUCAAUCAAAAUGAUUCAAUAUUGAAAUUUUUUUGGAACAGAAGGUCCUGUUAAUUCAAUUUUGAAAACUUCAAGGUGCUUUACUUUCUUAUUUUUGGUGUGAUUAUAGCUUUAUUAAGCACACAGGUAACAAAACACAUGAGAAGAAGCAUGUCUGUUGUAAAAUUCCUUUUACUGGCAAAAAAUAUUUUGGCUUUGAAUACUGUAUACAUACACGAAUUCAUAUGAAAUAUUCAUCUUUUUCAUAUAACCAGUACUAUGAAUGUCAUUGUGAAGUUUCUUUACAUGUGCUGAUAGUAUUGAGGAUUUGGUGCUGCUGCAGUCCAGAUGAACUUGCCAUCCAUUGUGUAACUCUGUAAUAAAUUUGACUAUUUUGCUAUGUAUUUAGUGCACAUAUUUGUAGCUGUUAAAGUUACAAAUGACUCUUCAUUACUUGGUGUAAAGAAAGUAGCAGGAAGUCCUCAAACUACGUAUCACUGUGAAUUUAUUUUACAGUUUAAAUUUAACAAUAGCAAGGUUACUUGACUAUUGUGAGGAACAGGAUUUGUCAGUAUGAUGAUAAAAUUUUUACUACUGAUUUGGAUAUUGAUGGAAAUGCACUAACAUCAUUGUCUGUUUGUUGUUGAUAUUUGGAAUGUUGAGUAAGAACAAAUAUCAUUUGUACAUAUAACAAAUAAUUCUAACAACUUUACUUUAAAUUGUACCUGAUCAAAUAUGGUGCUGCGUUUAUAAUCUCUUUGUAGCACCUGUGCCAGAAUUUCCUCUAGUAUUAUAUGUCAAUUUUCAGAUACCAAAAGAUAACAAAAAUCUAAAAUAAAUAAUAAUUCAUGACUUGUUUAAGAUAAAGCAACUAACCACCUAUUUCACUGUUUGCACAGUUUCACAUCUCCCAAAUGACAUAAGUUUUUAUCAUUCCUUUGUUUAGGGUGUUUUUCUUUCCAUCUCUACUGUUUUAAUGUUAACGGCUUUUGUGCUUCUUGUCUGUGAAACUGACCAAGAAUAUUUUAGAAUAUUAAAAUGGAAGUUUUUUGUAAUGGCUUUUGUUCUUUAACCUCUCACUGAGUUAUCAUAUAGCCAUGCAAAAUGUAUACAUUGUGAUGCUUGUAUUGUUUUCAGGCAUCUCUUUGUUUGACAACAAAAAUUUUUCACUGAUAGCAUACUUACAAUAAACCAUGCACAAAAAUGACAAGUUCUUAAAAUACAACAAACUCUGCUAACAUGUAAAUGAUGCUGUGCCAAAUUAAAGUAAAAAUGAUUAAUCCAACUUUUCAGGACAGUUAAGCUAUUUAUACGACCCUGUCUCCUCCUCUUUUCACAAUGUGUGAAUCAGUUCUGUGAGACUGUUCUUAAAGUGGAACUAGUUGACCGUCCAAAGAGACAUCUGAUCUCACACAGGUACGUCCCCAUACAGAGCUAAAGAUUUGACUCACCUAAGUUUAAUUGGGUGGGGAGAGUCUUGUCCUGUUUUUCUGGCCUAGUCUGAAUUUAAAUUAUGCUGCAAAAUAAUUAUAUUUUGGAUGAUACAGUUAUCUGUGAUGAAAAUCUCCCAGUUUCCUUUAUGUUGUUACUUGUACAUAUGUCUGUCCUGUUACUUUAAUAUUUUUGAAAUUUACGUAAAAUUCUAGGAUUGUUUUGUGCCACUGUUCUUGUGAUUGUUAUUUGAAUGAAUGUACAAAAUGCAGAAAAUGGAAUA